AAUCUGCUCAGGUUUGCUCUCUGGGGCUUUUGUUCCCUGCGAGCUUUCCUUACAGCUUUGGAGGCGGAGAGUGAAAAUGGCAGCCUCCCAAUCUCCGCCCCCGGAGGAGCCGAGAACUCGGGGCCCCGCUCCUCAGUGAGCCCCCAGAGAAAAGCCGUCAGUCACUCCCGUCUCCCCGCUCUCCGGCCGCACUCCGUGCUCACCCGGCCUGCGACCGCGCGCCUCUGUCUCUGGCACCCGACCCCACGUGCAGUCUCCAAACCCAGCAGAUCCCUGCGGUGCCCUCCCGCGCGGCUCCUCCUGGGGGAGGAAGAGUCCCAGGUGUUCCUGUCCAGCAUGGCCAAGCGCCCGCUGCUGUUGCUGCUGACCGUGUGGGUGCUGGCUGGGGAGCUGUGGCUGAGGGCUGAGGCCUGGGCAUCGCCCUACGGAGUGAAGCUUUGCGGCCGGGAAUUCAUCCGGGCAGUCAUCUUCACCUGCGGGGGCUCCCGGUGGAGACGGUCGGACAUUCUGGCUCCUGAAGCUAUGGAUGCAGACUCGGACCCAGACAGUGAGCUGGAUGAGGCAGUAGCCUCCAGCGAGUGGUUGGCCCUGACCAAGUCCCCCCGGGCUUCCUAUGGGGGGACUCUGGGGGCUCUGCGUGGUGGCCGUGAUGUCGUGGCGGGCCUCUCCAGCACCUGCUGCAAGUGGGGGUGCAGUAAGAGUGAAAUCAGGAGCCUCUGCUAGACCAGUGACUUGGUGGCCAGGGGCCCAGGGUCCAGCUGGGCACCUGUCUCUGGCUUCUCAUGCAUUCAUCCAUCCGCAAAUCAGAUCAGGCCUGUGCACUUAGACACAGUCCCCCCCUAAAUGACCCUGACCUUUGACCAGCCUAUCCUCACCCUGAGCAAACUGUCCCUACCUGGCCAAAUGGAAACCUCUGGUCCUGACCCCUGACCUCUCCCCAGGCCGUAUCAUGUCUUUGCCUAGCCUACAUUCCUCUCUGCUUUAACGGUGCCCCUACUCUACCCAAACCGAUCUACCCUCAUCCAGACCUUUGCCCUGACUGAGUCUCUUUUGCCCCAACUGCGGCCUCUGUCUCCCGACCAGCCCAAAUUAUGUUCCUGCUCCAUUCCAGCCCUCGCCUACCCCUUUCUCCCUGCCUUCAGCCCCUCCCCCUCCAGCCCCACCUGCUGGGGUUCUCAAGCUGGGGACCGUAGAACGGGUGGUGGGAGCCCUGGGUUCCCUUCACAUCCUGGGGUGGGAGGCUCGCUGAGGGGACGGAUCAGAACCUUCUUCAAGGGGCGCCUGGGUGGCUCAGUCGGUUAAGCGUCUGCCUUCGACUCAGGUCAUGAUCCCAGGGUCCUGGGAUCGAGCCCCGCAUCGGGCUCCCUGCUCUGCAGGAAACCUGCUUCUCCCUCUCCUACUCCCCCUGCUUGUGUUCCCUCUCUCGCUGUCUCUCUCUCUGUCAAAUAAAUAAAUAAAUAAAUAAUCUUAAAAAA